GGUGGGGAGGUCGAUUCGACGGUCACCCUGGCAAAACUAACUAGACCUGGCUGGUUUGUUGCGAGUUAGGUGAUCACCUCGCGCGAUCUCCCGCGCUUUGUCGCGCGCGAUCGAGCGCGGUGUGCAACCCUCCCUCCUAAUCCUACAGCUCUGGUGCAGGGUGGUUGACGGCCGCUUACCCGAACCGGUGCCAUGCGCGCGCGCUAGGUGGUCGAGGUCAAGCCAAACGCUGCCCACCUCCUCCACCUCCCUUAUAUCCUCGCGCAUCCUUGCUCGAUUUCUUGAAUUUAUCAGUCAAUCCGCGUCUCGAUCCGACUCACGAAAGCCGGGAGUUAGCUCAGGACCACCGAUGGUGAUGGUGCCGUCGUCGGCGUCGCCGCGCGCGCGGAGGUCCGUGGUGGCAGAGCUGGAGGGCGCGCUGCUGCGCGGCGCGGACACGUUCCCGUACUUCAUGCUCUUGGCGUUCGAGGCGUCUGGGCUACCGCGGUUCGCGGCGCUGCUGGCGCUGUGGCCUCUGCUGCGGCUGCUGGAGCUGCUGCCUGGCCGCCGGGGGGACCAGCUCGCGCUGCGCGUCGCGGCGUUCGUGGCCACGGCGGGGGUGCCGCGCGCCGAGGUGGAGGCAGUGUCCCGCGCCGUGCUGCCCAAGUUCAUGGCCGACGAUGUCGACGCGGCGGCGUGGGAGGCGUUCGGGAGCUGCGAGGGGAGGCGCGUCGUGGUGACGCGGAUGCCCCGGGUGAUGGUGGAGCGGUUCGCCAGGGAGCACCUCGGCGCGCACGAGGUGGUAGGCUGCGAGCUGGAGUACAGCCGGCUCAGGCGGUCCACGGGGGUCAUCAGGGGCAGCGGACAGGAAGCCGUCGACGACCGCGUCCGCGCACUGUUCGCCGACGGCAACCGGCCGGACCUCGGGCUGGGACGGUCAGAGAUGGCACGGUCAUCCUUUCCAUUCUGUAAGGAGCAGCUCCAGCCGCCGUUCACCGCGGGCGACGUGACGGGGCAACCCAGCGCACCGCCGUUCCGGCCGGUCAUCUUCCACGACGGCCGCCUCGUGUGCCGUCCCACGCCGUUCAUGUCCCUCGUCAUCCUCCUCUGGCUUCCCCUCGGCGUGCUGGUCGCCUUCGUCCGCAUCGCCGUCGGCCUCAUGGUCCCCAUCUGGACCAUCCCGCACAUCGCGCCGAUCUUCGGCGGCGCCGUCAUCAUGCACGGCCGCGCGCCUCCCCCCGUCGGCGCCAGCGACGCUGGAGACGGCUCGCCCUCGGGCGUCCUCUUCGUCUGCACGCACCGCACUCUCAUGGACCCCGUGGUCCUCGCGACCGUGCUCGGCCGCGGCGUGGCCGCUGUGACGUACUCCAUCUCUCGCCUCUCGGAGAUCCUCUCGCCGAUCCCGACGGUGCGGCUGACCCGUGACCGGGACGUGGACGCGACGCGCAUACGCGCGGAGCUGGCCCGAGGCGACGUGGCCGUGUGCCCCGAGGGCACCACGUGUCGGGAGCCCUUCCUGCUCCGCUUCUCCGCGCUCUUCGCCGAGCUCAGCGACCGCAUCGUGCCCGUGGCGAUGAACUACCGCGUUGGGCUCUUCCACCCGACGACAGCGAGGGGGUGGAAGGCCAUGGACCCCAUCUUCUUCUUCAUGAACCCGAGGCCCGUCUACGAGGUGACGUUCCUCAACCAGCUCCCUGCCGAGGCGACGUGCGCGGCGGGCGAGAGCCCCGUCGACGUCGCCAACUACGUGCAGCGGAUGCUCGCCGCCACGCUCGGGUUCGAGUGCACCAGCCUCACGCGCAAGGACAAGUACAGGGUGCUCGCCGGCAACGACGGCAUCGUCAACGCCAAGCCGGCGACGGCAACGCAGCUGGCGUGGCAGCGCCGCGUCAAGGAGGUCCUCGGGUUCCUGCUCCACUAAUCACUACUCACCGGACGCAGAGGCGCCACGUAGCUCUCUGGUCAAGUACUUCGCUCACACAUUUGAUUGUACUUGUACGUAAUUACGUGAAGAAUGUAGUAAAAUACAGUUAUUAGCAGUUUUAUAUUCAA